UCAAGUAUUUUUUGGUCAUGCCACUGAUCAAUCAUCACACACGAAACUUUUCUCAGCGGGAGGGGCAACUUAAUUAAACCGAAGCAGACGAUCAGCUCGCAGAUUCGGAAAGAAGGAAGACCGAGAGCGCAAAAGAAAUUUUUUAAAAAUUGUGUUUCAAAGAUGCCGCAAAAGAAGAAAAGCCAUGGUCACCGUAAAACCCCAAAAGAGGCAAAGGAGUAUGGAAAAGAAACUGAUUGCGGCCAUGAAGACCAUCAUAGUAGCAAGUCUUCAGUCUACUAUCCCACUACAUGGUCCUACACUGACAAGUCGCAGCCUAGCCAGGCAACACCCAAACCGGCAGGUCAGGUCUCUGCUGUGAAACCUGCACAAUUUGAGAAGGCAUCAUCAGGAUCUGCCAUGGCUACAAAGCCUGGGGUGGUUACCACAGCAACAGGCGGAGCCACAGGAAGUGGGGUCACAACAGGAGGAAGUGCUGCAGUUGGAACAGCCAAAGCCAACCCAGAGACUAACACUACGCUGGCCGGUGCUACUGUUAUUGACAUGACAUCAGCAGGGGUAGGUGGCGGUCCCAGAGAGAUGUCAAAGACCGCACCUGUCUCCCAAGUCAAAACCACAGCAACAGUUCCUUCUGCUGCCGGAACAGCUGUCGCUGCCAGCACAGUUGCGGCCACCACUGUGACCAAAGCUAAAGAGUCACCCAAAGACGUUGCCAAGAGUGCCACUGCUGCUACAACAGUCAAAGCUGAUGUGCCUAAAGUUGAUCCUGCUAAAACAGCAAACCCAGCUGCAGCAGCCACAGCUGUGGCUGGAAAUGUGUCUGUGCAAGGGAAGAAAGAAGAAGUUAAACCAUCAAAAACGAAGGUGCAGGUGGAGGUUCCUGCCACAACAGUCGAAGGUGCCAAAGAGGCGCCUGCGGUGGAUCCAUUUGACGCCCUGGCCAGCAGUUUACCAACAACAGAUCCUGUUGUGCGGCCACAGCCUGUGUACACAGGGCCAGAGGUCAAAGAGCAUGGCAUCACCUCUGAAAAGGGUCAAAAGUGUGGCGAAAGAGAGGACACACUGCCUCCAGACUACAGAUUCAAAGAUGUGGGUCCACCUCCUGUGGAUGUUAAACCCAAGGAUGUUCCUAAACCACUGAGCACAGAUGAAGCCCUGGACUCACUUUCAUCAGGUUUCAUGACAUCGACUGUCUCAACUGGAGCCAAGAAGGAAGAGAAAAAGGGCCAUGCUGAUAUUGUCAGUGCAUCUGCUGGAACUGCUAACUUUGCACCUCCGCCUGUGAAGAAAGCUGAAACUCCUGCAGCAGUUUCUUCUGUGGUUGCCCCUCCUGCUGAUAAGAAAGCCAAGAUGGAUGAUUUCUCUCUGGAGGGUGCACUUUCAUCUGCUCCUGCCACGAUGCAGAAAUCAGUUCCUCUUGAGGCUCAGACAGCCAAAGUAGACAAAACUGCUGUUGGAAAGGACAACACUGACGGCAAGCCCAAGACCAAUCAGGGUGGCUCCAUGUCUUUGGAUGCUCUCGGUAGUCUUGGUGAUCUGCUGCCAGCAGAUGCACCAAAACCCAAAGAACCUGAAGUCAGACCUGAGGACAUUGUCUCGGAGGACAAACACAAGAAGGAGGAGGGUGUGCUUGUAGGAGAGAGGGACGACACACUUCCUCCAGACUACAGGUUUAAUGAGGAAGAGCUGAAAAAGCUGCCUGCUCCAAAACCUGAGCCCACCAUGGCUACUGGUGAGGCUCUGGACAUUUUGUCUGGAGACUUCAUGACCUCCUCAGCAGCUCCUGCACAGAAGUCUCCUGCUCCUCCUGCUGAUAAGAAAGCCAAGAUGGAUGAUUUCUCUCUGGAGGGUGCACUUUCAUCGACCCCCGCCACGAUGCAGAAAUCAGUUCCUCUUGAGGCUCAGACAGCCAAAGUAGACAAAACUGCUGCUGGAAAGGACAACGCUGACAGCAAGCCCAAGACCAAUCAGGGUGGCUCCAUGUCUUUGGAUGCUCUCGGUAGUCUUGGUGAUCUGCUGCCAGCAGAUGCACCAAAACCCAAAGAACCUGAAGUCAGACCUGAGGACAUUGUCUCGGAGGACAAACACAAGAAGGAGGAGGGUGUGCUUGUAGGAGAGAGGGACGACACACUUCCUCCAGACUACAGGUUUAAUGAGGAAGAGCUGAAAAAGCUGCCUGCUCCAAAACCUGAGCCCACCAUCGGUACAGGAGAGGCUCUGGACUUUCUGUCUGAAGGCUUCACAACCCCCUCAACAGCUCCAGUUGUCGCGGUUCCUGUUCCUCCAACAAUUCCUCCUUGUGAGAUCGAAAUAGAGGACCUGUCAGCUCUGGAUGUACCUUCUAGCGAUAUUGUGUCUUCAUCCACAGCUUCUGCAGUUCACGCUCCCAUUCCUCCUCCUUCCACGACGACACCAAAGAAAACUGAUGACACAAAACCCAAGACUGACAAGGUUGACUCCAUGUCUCUGGAUGCUCUCAGUGCUCUUGGUGACACGUUGGCAGCAGCUGAACCAAAACCUGAAUCUCCGAAACUUAGACCUGAAGACAUCGUCUCGGAGGACAAACACAAGAAGGAGGAGGGUGUGCUUGUAGGAGAGAGGGACGACACACUUCCUCCAGACUACAGGUUUAAUGAGGAAGAGCUGAAAAAGCUGCCUGCUCCAAAACCCGAGCCUUCAAUGGGUACUGGUGAGGCUCUGGAUAUUUUGUCUGGAGACUUCAUGACCUCCUCAGCAGCUCCUGCUGUCCAGGCUUCUGUUGUCACCCCCUCCGCCCCUCCUGCGCAGCCCUCUGCAGACUUCGCUCUGGAUGCCUUGGCAGGAGACUUUGUCGCAUCCACAGCCGCUCCGGUAGCGAAGUCUGCGCCUUGCGUUUCCACAGAACCUGACCUGCAGCUGCCAGCAGACAAUGCCCUGGAUGCUCUGUCAGACACCUUGAAGGAUAUCAAACCUGCCCCUCAACCCACCCCAGUUCCUACCAAGGACAUUGUCGAGGAGAAAAAAAUCGUUGAAGAGAGGCUGAUUAAGAUGGGAGAGAGAGACGACACGCUGCCACCAGAGUAUCGACCCACUGAGGAAGACCUCAAGAAAAUGGCAGAAGAAAAAGAAAAAGCGGCAGCAGCCCCUGAAAAGAAGGAGAAGGGCAUGGAUGACAAAACAGCCUUGGACCUCCUGUCCAGUGAUUUCUCAGAUACUCCCAAACCUGCUGCACCAGCCACAUCGUGUGAAGCCACAACAAAGCUGCAGCCUCCUGUACUGGACUCAGAGCCCCUGAAGCCCAUGGCUGGCCCUGUUCUGGACUCCUUGAGUGGCACCCUUCUCCCAGACAACCCAGAGUUCAAAUCCAAAACAGACAAACCGAAGGGCAAGAGCAAGUCAAAGUCAAAGUCUAAAAAACACCACGCAGAGGAUCCAUCUGCCGCUGACCAGCUAUCAGCUCAGCUAAGCUCAGAUGUUGUGCCAACAUCUACAAAGAAGGGAGGCAAGAGUUAGGUCACCUGGUUGCUGGUGUCAGUUGUGCUCCGGGCCACAGGGACGCAUCAGUGAGGGAGCUGCUCUCUGGAUAAUGAUUCUAUUUUUCUAAAUCGUCAAGAAUGUAUACUGGAUGAAAGACAAACCUAGACACACACAUACUCAUACACACACAUCUGCGUGCACCACCUUUUUUUUGUUGGGUUUCACAUUCAAAGCUGAGAAACUUUUAGUUUCUGUCUCUGGAGAAAAUGAAAAGAAAGACUUUCUUGAAACCAGGUGGGUGUAAAUCGAUGAACAGACUAAGAAAGAAAAGAAGGGAAACUGUUUGAGACGCAAAAAAAAAACCUCCCCCAUCUUUUUUUGGCGCUGAGAGUCGUGUGUGUACAUCUCAGCUGACAAUUUCUAUUUUCCAUAGAUACAGUAAUAUUGUAACACACUGGUUGUCUGGGCCUGGUGGUGCUGCGAUGUUUGUUGGAGCAGUGGUGACUGUCAGUUUGUGUGGUAGCAGGACUGAGGAGGUGUAUAGUAUCGGGAUGUUUGUGCAAUCUUGAUGUACACAGAAAAGACACGUUUUCUAUCAUGACGUGUUCAGAUGCCAUUAAGACACUAGUGUACAGCUUAGUUUGCUCAUAUUUUGGACAAUACAUAGUUUACGUUAUUAAAUAUGUGGAGGAUUUCUUGGAGGUGUUCUGCUUAAUUCUGAGAACUUUAUUGCAAAUGCCAUUUUUUCUUUCUGUAGAAUGAUAUCUGUCUAAAGAAGGGUCUUUUGUAUGUAUUUGGCCUCAUGGAAGCAUAAAAUACUGGCGUUCAGAAGUGCACCUAGUGAACCGAGGUGGUUUCAAGCUUUGUAAACUGCCAUUAUUUGUAUACUGUAAAAAAACAACAUAUUUUUGCUCUAUAGAAGACAACACUGUAUAACUUGCAAAGGGCUUUCAAGUCACUUUAAAUCCCCAAAGUUUUUGUGUGGGUGUGACAAUAUAUAAGUGGAUGUGGGAAUACUAAGUACCUUAAAAAUCUAAAAUUGAGAACCUCGCAGUCUGGUUCUGUGACGUGCCUAAAAAGAAAAUCGAAAGCUAACAUGAAGUGCCUUAAUAGGUGGAAAAAUAUCGUACACUGUCUUGUUUAAAGGUGCGAGGGAACCGUGUAUGUAUUAAACUGAGUGGGAACAGAAUCUCCUCUGAAAGUAUUCUUCUCUACUCCUGACUUGUGGUUUUUCGCUCUGCAUACAGCUGUAGCCGCCCACUUCCUUUUGACUCAACAAGGGGGGGCUUAAAACAAAACGUCUUUUGCUCAAAUAUUAUACUUUUUGUGCCAAGACCCUGAGUGACUGAUGGGGAUGCAAAUGAAUUGGUUUGAUGUGUGGAAAAAAUUCUGAACUAAUAAAGACAAAUACAGUUCAUUGCAGCCAGAA